AGCAACAACAACAGCUGAUAGUUGAGUGGAGCAGAGUAAAAGUUAUCGAUUUAAUGGAAAGAUGGUUUCGUAACCUCAGACGACACACUAAGAGAUGAAGUUGUAACAUAAAAACGACAGCGACAGUUUGUUUAUUGUAGUUUUAGGAGAUUUUUAGAGUAGAAGAUGAGUAUUGAUUCAAAUAGCAACGCUGAUAUUUGCACUGAUUGUACCACUCAGGACACCGACGAAAACGAAACUACUUCUUUAUUAAUAAAUGGAUCUGUGCAGAGCAGAGCCAGAGGAGCCUCCUUCUUCUCCUCUGUGUUUAACCUGAUGAAUGCCAUCAUGGGCAGCGGUAUACUGGGUCUAGCUUAUGCCAUGGCGAGCACAGGCAUAAUUGGUUUUUGUAUCCUCUUGACGUUGGUGUCCAGCUUGGCAGCAUACUCUAUACAUCUUCUUUUGAAGCUAUGUGACCAAACAGGCAUUAACUCGUAUGAAGACCUCGGUGGCAUUGCCUUGAAAUAUCCAGGAAAAGUUCUUGUUGGAAUUGCUAUUAUAAUCCAAAAUAUUGGUGCUAUGUCAUCCUAUUUGUUCAUCCUGAAGUUGGAGCUCCCUGCAGCCAUAAAGGGCUUCCUGACCCCAGACAACACAGGAGAUGCCUGGUACGACGACGGCAGGUGGCUUUUGAUCCUGGUCACGCUUUGCGUGGUUCUGCCGCUCGCGAUGCUGCCUAGAAUUGGGUUUCUGGGCUACACCAGCAGCCUGGCCUUCUGCUUCAUGCUCUACUUCACAGUUGUGGUUGUGGUCAAGAAGUGGUCCAUCCCCUGCCCGCUGCCACACAACGCCACUACUCCCUCAAGCACCAAUCAGCAGACGUCGAACUCGUCCGACUCAGAAUGUGCACCUAAGCUCUUCGUUCUCUCCCGUGAGAGCGCCUACGCCGUCCCCACCAUGGCCUUCUCCUUCCUGUGCCACACGGCCGUCCUCCCCAUCUACUGCGAGCUGGAGCGACCCACGAAGGCGCGGAUGCAGAGCGUUGCAAACGUGGGCAUCAGCCUCAGCUUCCUGGUUUACCUCGUCUCCGCGCUGUUCGGCUACCUCACCUUCUACGCUCAUGUGAAUUCCCAGCUGCUGCUGGGCUAUGACGCGUACAUGCCGCGCGACAUCAUGGUGGUGACUGUGCGACUCGCCAUCCUCUUGUCUGUGCUGCUCACGGUACCGCUCAUUCACUUCCCUGCCCGAAAGGCUGUGAUCCUGCUCCUGCGCGGCCGACGUCCCUUCUCGUGGCCGGUCCACGUCUUUGCAACUCUCACCAUCCUGUGCGUGGUGCUGGUCAUGGCCAUCUUCGUGCCCGACAUCAGAAAUGUUUUUGGAGUAGUAGGAUCAACAACCUCCAGCUGCCUUUUAUUCAUUUUCCCUGGCGUCUUCUACCUCAGGAUCAGCAGCCAACCCCUCACAUCCUUUGACUCUGUUGGGGCUGUACUGCUGGUGGCUUUCGGCAUCGCUAUGGGAGUCACCAGCUUCACUGUCAUCAUCCUGACAUGGGUCCAGAGCUCCUAGACCGUCCGCCUCUCGCUUUUCGAACAAAGGGAAAAACUGAAAACCAAAGAAACCGAACACUGCAAAUAAAAUUCAUCUGCUGGAUGUUCCCGCACAUUAUUCAACCUGUCAACAGUAUUAUACAAAGUGCUACUAAAUGUAUUUGUUAUAUACUUUAUAUUUUUCAUAUCAUAAUAAUUCCUAAUUCCUCAUUUGUUUUGUUUUUAUCCGUCACUCAGCGGUUUCAUUUAUCACUUGACUCACUGUGCAAACCUCAGGUACAAAUACUGCCGCUGCUUCACACGCUUCACUGAACCUGACCAAAAUCGAGCCCCGAGCUUCUGUUUGGACCAGUUAAUUACAAUAUCCUUACUGUUGUUAUGAUGUUAAACAAUGUUAUUCUUCAGUUUGCGGGCGUCCGGUAAAAGGGAAAUCGUUUGUGUACUAACUUGUCAGUUUCCUCGUGAAUGUCUUUAUCAGUGUUGUGGAAAGCUCAUCUGUUUGACAUGUCAUGGCUGCGUGUUUGAUUGGCAGGUGCAGUACUGGCUGGCUCCGUAGCGCAGUGCUGCGGGUUCAGCCUGUCGCUAAUGAAAGCCACAUGCGCGGUACGUUUCUAAUCACGACGCUGUUUACAUUGUCUCCGUGCUGCCUCUGGAACCUAUAGCCACCCGACCGCUGCUUUUAAUGUAAGGGAUUAGGCCGAGCAGCCCUCGGGUCCCUGCAGAAAGCAGCAUCUGCCCACCGCUCACGCCCCCAAAAGGAAGAAACACUCUCCUUCUGCCUUUUCUCACUUCUGUAGAGAGUUGUAUGAAAAAUGUAAGUAAAAGUAUGGAUGUGAGACCUUUUAGACGAA